AUGCCGACAUCGAUUCGUACUAGAAUCCCCAGUUCGAAUGGAUCAUAUUCACAAAAUGUAUCGUCCUCUCCUCACUAUACCACAGAUAUAUCACCUGACUUAACUAAAUGUCAUUAUGAACCUAUCAGUUCAGCUCAAAAAUUGUCUCUAUUACUUUUACGUUCAUAUCGUUAUUCUUAUCGACAACGAUAUUGCAAAUGUAUUCCGACUAUUUUCUGCGAAUUGUUAUUACCAAUUAUUUUGCUAAGUAGUCUUAUUUUAAUUCGAUGGAGUAUGGGUGGACUUCAGAUAAAAUCAGAUUCCAACGAUACAGAUAUUGUCAUUAACCCAUUCGGAGGCCCGGGAUGUUCAGGAAAACUAAAUAUCUCACCGGCUCUGUCGAACAGUCUCUUGACUAGAUGUUUUAAAUUUCCACCAAGCUAUGAGUCAUCCAAUUCGAACCCGUCUGUCUCUCUUCCUAGUUCUCAUGAUGUUUCGAAUACGACCAAUUUGAUUUUUCAACCAAAUACAUCAGCUGUUAACGAACUUGUUGAUUUAGCUCGCCAACAUUUAAUAACAAUAAAUUGUCUCAAUACUAAAGUUCGGACUCAAAAUCCCAAUGAGGACGAAGAUAAUCAGCUUUUACAGAACACAACGGAAAAUAACAUCAUUAUCAUUUUUGACUCACCAUCUUCGCUUAAAACUGACCGUACACUAGCAUGAUACAUUGUUUUCAGUUUACAAUUAAUUGCAUUUUGUAUUAUGAAUGCACAAGUGUUCGAAAUCACAGUUCGAGCUUUGUUGGCUACCUUUUUUAUCUAUGGUGUGUCUUUUGGUUUACACAUUUGGGCGAUUUUCUGGCCAGUUGGUGUACAAUAUAUACUGAUCUUCUUUAGUCCCUUUCUCGCCGCACAUUCACUUUUUCAACAAGCUGUAUUACAUGACAUUGCCAAGAAAGAUGUGGCACUGUUUCAAACGCUCUAUCGCAAUGUGCCAAUGUAUUUUCCAACAUUAAUCAUCAUGUUGCUUAGCUGUGUUUUCUACUGGAUAUUGGCUUGGUAUUUGGAAAAAGUAUUUCCCGGCCAAUAUGGUAUUCCAAUGGAUUGGAAUUUUGUUUUUAAAAAGUUAUAUUGGCGUCCAAAGAUUGUUGACAAUUCUAAUCUUUCGUAUCCAAACAAUACGGCUGCACCCAAAGAUAAUCAGACUUCUGACUUUGAACUUGUUGCGACUCAAAAUCGAGCCGUUGUACGUGUAAAACAUUUGAGAAAAACGUUUAGUCCUGACAAAAUCGCUGUCAAUGAUGUUUCCUUCGAUUUGUACGAAAAUCAGAUCACAUCUUUGCUUGGCCCAAAUGGUUCGGGCAAGACAACGGUCUUCAAUUGCUUGAUUGGUAUGUAUAAACAGACAUCUGGCACAGUUAGUAUCUUCACCGAAAAUGGUGUCGACUACGAUACACAAGAUAACAUGGAUUUGCUAAGAAAGUCAAUAGGUUAUUGUCCACAGCACGAUAUUCUUUUCGAUCAAUUUACUGUUGAAGAACAAAUACAGUUCUAUGCUACUGCUCGAGGAUUUAAUAGAAAUAAACAAGCAAUUGUCUCUGAAAUGCUUCGUGUAAUAGGUCUAAAAAAUGAGGGACAUCUUUAUUGUUAUGCACUAUCUGGUGGUAUGAAAAGACGAUUAUCAUUGGCUUGUGCAUUUGUGGGUAAUACGAAAAUUGUCCUUCUUGAUGAACCAUCUAGUGGACUCGAUCCAGACACUCGUCGAUCGCUUUGGGAAUGGUUACGAACAAUGAAAGAGGGCAAAACUCUUCUAUUAACAACUCAUUUUAUGGAAGAGGCUGAUGCACUUUCCGAUCGUAUCAUUAUUCUUGCUGAUGGGAAUAUUAAAGUAGAUGGUACAGCGAGAGAAUUAAAAGAAGAAUAUGGAUCAGGUUACAAAUUUAUCAUCGUUAAGGAAUCGAGUUGUCGAUCAAAAGACAUCAAAAAAGAAUUACAGCGAUAUUUACCACAGCUAACCAUCGAAAAGGAUACAUCAGGUAGUGAUAUAGUAAUUCGUACAAAUCAACAACCGAAUAACCAAUUUGUUAGUGCUCUACGAAAACUCGAAGAAAUGAAAGAAGCAAAAUUGAUACGCACUUACGGUGUGCAAAAUAGUACUAUGGAUGAUGUCUUUCUGAAAAUUACUCGCGAUGUUAAAUCAGAAGGUCAAUCUGAAACAACAGCAAUUGAUAUUGAACGAACUGAUGAACUAUGUUGUUAUGUUUUCGACGACCGACAAUUUGAAUCAGGUUUCAAAUUCUAUUGGAGUCAGUUUUAUGGUUUAGUGAUAAAAACUUUACGCAUUCGGUAUCGUCGUUGGGCAUUGGCAGCGAUCAUUCUACUUCUGCCUAUUAUUUAUAAUCUCCUUUCAAAUUUGAUCGUACAAAGUCAGCAAAACGCCGCCAUAUUUGAAAUGAAACUGAAUGCACUCAACCCACAAACGAUAGUAUAUCAAGCUGAACCAGCAAUGGAGAAUUUCUUACGCGCAGCUCUCGACUCUAAAUCAAAACUCAUCAAAGGACCCGGAAACACUCUAUCUGAAAUGCACGAGAAUAUUCGGCAACAACGAAUACAGCGUCCAUAUACAUAUACAGAUAUUUAUCUCGGUGUACACAUAUCAGAACCAACUGGAAAUACGUUCAAGAUACAAGCUCUCACAUCGAAUUUAAUUUCCAGUUAUGAACUUCUCUCGUUAGCAUCAGAUACCUUCUUCAAACGAGCCAUAAAUGACACAAAUGCCAAUAUUCAAACAACCCUUGCAUAUCGAAAGACGGGCAAUUAUUCUCUUCAGCAACCAUCAGCCGGAGGUAUUCUGAGUUCGCUGGAUGUUGCUUCGUGUUCUCUGAAAUUUCUACCUCCAUCACUACUACUCGAAGUGUAA